GCAGCCCAUUGAGCACCGCCCAUUCAUAGAGUUGAUAAUGAUUGUGUUUGGUGCAAGGCGAAAGCUUAUUCUAGCGAUUGUUUUUUUGUUUUUGCUCGUCAUUGGAGUUGUUAAUAAACUCAGACAGCUGCCAAACUCUAUCGUGAACCAGUUAGAAAUUGAGCACAGAAGUCAUCAACCUAAGAGAUCAUACUUUCUUCCUGAAACAGGAAGUCAAACAAAUCCCCACCAGAAUCCAAGUACUUUAUUUCAGAAUGAAUACUGGUUAUUAGGCGAGGAGGCUAUUUUAGAGAAAAUGCAGCGACCUUCCAGAAAGUUAUCGGAUUUUGAAUCCGCUGGCAAUAAUAUAAUGAUUGCCAUCAGAACUACAAAAAAGUUUCAUCAGAAACGAUUGCCGUAUUUGUACGAUACUUGGCUUAACAAAGUGAAUGGUAGCAACGUGUUCUUAGUGACUGAUGCUGAAGAUGAGGAGUAUCAGGAAAGGAGCAAGCAAUUAGGUAUACACUACGUUGUUUCAUCACUCUGUGGCGAGAGUUUGUUAUGGCCAAUACCAAGUAGGUGGUAUUUGUGCUGUAGAACCGGUGAAGCACUGACUCUGAUGUAUAAACCACAGAAUAUUCAAUACGAUUGGUUUUGUUAUCUUGAUGAUGAUAUUUAUCUAAUAAUGGAGAAUCUUAUUAAACUGAUUGCCAAGUUUCCAAAGGACGAGCUGUCUUACAUAGGAAGACCUGGGACUCCUUGGGAAAAGCCACACAAAGUAUCUGAAAAGCAAACACUGAUUAAUAAUAGCACUAGAAAGCAUUAUCAUUUUGCAUCAGGAGGCUUUUAUUGCCUUUCAAGAACAAUACUGGAUAAAAUUAAGCCAUGGAUUGUAGGAGGACAUAACCUAGGUGAUACUUGUAGACAAUUAUUGGAACCAGAUGACUUAACUAUUGGAUGUGCUGUUGAAUUGCUUGGAGGAGGGAAAUUAUCAAGGACACUGCUGUUUCAUCAUCAUGGAAUGAAUUUGGCAAAAGCUGUGAAUGCAAAUACAUUAAAAGAUCAGAUUGCCAUUCCCUAUGGAUGUGGUCAAAUGUGUAAAUAUGGUGGUAUUGUUGAUAAUGCUAUUGAAGUUCCUAAUGCUGCGUUUUCAUUUGAUGAAGACCCUUCACGGUUUAGGUCACUUCAUUGCCAUCUCUAUCCUCAAGCAACUAUUUGUAAAUAAAUAAAUAAUAAUUUUUUAAUGAAAA